CCACCAGGGCACCAUUUCUUUGGCUACUGUGUCCUUUUUCCUCACUUAUCAGUGCAAUCCUUUAUCCUUUCCUUCUACCUCACUCCCCAACGCUUUUCACCACCAAAAGCAGAUCUUCUGGGCUCUCUCUCCCCUUUCUCUGCUGCCAGCCUCCCCAAUUGUAAACCCCAGUUCUAUGGUUUCUGUGGGAACAAAAAAUGAGGUGAUGGAAAUGAAGUCCAGUAAUAAUAUGGAAUCUUAAGAUCUCUCCUUUCCUUUCCGUUUGCCUUUCUUUGUUAUAUAUAACGCCACAGUGUCAACCUACGGCUCCUACAAUCAAGACCUGAAACCAAAACAAUGUUAUCAUCAUCAUCAUCAUCAUCUCCAUUUGUCUACUUUCUUACCCUGUUCUUUUCUCUUUUCCUUCUUUUCUUAUUUGCGCCUCAGAUCCUCCCUCUCAAGAAGCAACGAUCCCCAAUCACUGUCCAGGACGAACUGGACGAUCUCCAGCUCUUCCAUGAAGCCACUCUCGCAUCGUCCCGUGGCUUUUCCAAGAUUUCCCAUCUGGGUACCACCAAUCCCAAGCCUAAAAUCGCCUUCCUUUUCCUUACGAACUCGGAUCUCGUCUUUGCCCCCUUGUGGCAACGCUUUUUCCAGGGCAACGAUCAUCUAUUCAACGUUUACGUCCAUGCCGACCCGUACUCCAAACUGUCAACACCGCAGUGGUCGGUGAAAGCCAAUUUCAUCCCAGCCAAGAGAACGGAACGCGGCUCCCCAACACUAGUCUCCGCCGCCCGCAGACUCCUCGCCAACGCCAUCAUCGAUGAUCCAUUCAAUCUAUACUUUGCCCUGUUGUCCCAACAUUGCAUUCCUCUCCAUUCCUUCCCAUACAUUUACACUUCCCUUCUCGGGAACCCGACAGCAGCAUCCAAAUCCUUCCUAACUCAACGAUCUCACAAAAGCUACAUCGAGAUUUUGUCCAAUGAGCCACAUUUGCACAACCGCUACGUUGCUCGAGGCGAGGGUGUGAUGCUCCCUGAAGUAUCAUUCCAGCGGUUCAGGGUUGGAUCUCAGUUUUUCGUGCUGGCAAAAAGACAUGCUUUACUUGUACUGAAAGAAAGGAAGUUAUGGAGAAAAUUUAGACUCCCUUGUUUAGACUUGGACUCUUGCUACCCCGAGGAGCAUUAUUUUCCUACAUUAUUGUCAAUGCAGGAUCCACGAGGAUGCAGCCAUUACACAUUAACCAGAGUCAACUGGACCGACAGUGUUGAUGGUCAUCCGCAUACCCACCAUUCCCCGGAGGUGUCACCGGACCUCUUACAUACAUUGAGGAAGUCGAAUUCGAGUUACUCCUAUUUUUUUGCUCGAAAGUUCUCUCCGGAUUGCUUGAAACCCUUGAUGGCAAUUGCCAAUGAUGUCAUCUUCCGAGAUUGAAGGGACCUAGGUUAAAGAAGAAACUGGAAGGAAGGUUUGGGGUCUUUGGGAGUGGAGAAAGAAUCAUGUUGCCGUGUGGGGUUAAUUUGAUUAAAUUAAUGCCCCCUAUGCCUAGAUGCUCUUUUGUCUUUUGUACAGAAAUUGGAUCGCCAUAAAUAUAUGGUACUAGUUUUAUCCUUUAUUGAGUUUUCAAAAAUUCUCUUAGAAAGUUUGGAAGGAAGGUGGGCAUAGAGUGGAGUGGAGACAGGCAAUAUGGUUUAAACAAUUGCCUUUUGCUUCCUCUGGUUUUUUUUUUUUAAUUUUUGGGUCUCGUAAUGAUCUCCCAUUUGCUCCUUCCACCAAGCUUCUGUUAUUGUAAUUAUAAUGUUACCUACGCCAAGGAGAAAUGAAAUUUCUCUUUCAUUUUCUUUCU